GGAGGACGUGAUGAGGUGGUGGAAGCUGGCUUGGCUGGACCUCUCAAGCUUUCGCCUAACGGACAAAGGCGCAAGUGGAGGAGCCCGAGGAAACGUCGGUCACCGCUCAGAUCUUCACGGGCUUGAGAAAACUUUGAAACAAGUACAAGACUUGCAUGCAAAGUUUUCCUUGCUGAGCUUCUGCGACGUACUGUACAUGGCAGCUGCGUUGGCGCUUGAAGAGAUGGGAUUAUCUCCUGUCCCCAUUAUCUACGGCAGGCUCGACGAUGAGAUGGGGGAUAGGGAUGAAGAAGCAAGGCCUGAAGCUCCUGAUUUCGAGGGACCAGAGUACGAGAAGCCAGAUGGCAACCCAGGAGCAGGAAACGAGGAAACAGAAGAAGAUAAAGCCGCGGAGAAGGAGGAACAAGCAGAAGGCGGGGACGAGGUGGAGGCGGCCCCGAAGGAGAAGCAGAUUAAGGCAUCAAAGGCGCAGCUGACAGUGCGAUUGGAGAGGAUGAGUCUGACGGAUAGGGAGCAGGUUGUGCUUGUCGGGAUGUAUAUUGCGAUGAAGGCCCGCUCAACCAACCCUUCUGCGACGAUCUCUAAUGCAUGCUUGCACAAUUUCGUUCAAGGGCAGGACCGUCUUUCUGAUACAGACCGGCACCAACAGGAUGAAAUUUUCAAGGGACAGACGUCGCCUGCCUGCUCGACUUUGAUGUCAAGCAAACAUCUCCAGGAUGAUGUUAGAAGGCUUGCGUCUAGCAACGAUCUCUUCCUCAUUGAGGCCAAGGCUCUAAUGGCUAAACUCUUCGCACUGGGUGCCACUUUCAAUCCUCAAGAAGGAAUCUAUCUCUGACAGUAGCUUGUUGCCAUGAUUGAACUUGAUCCUGAUCAUGAAUAGACAUCUGUAAUGACG